ACCAUAGAUGUCAAAGGCUGAAGCUGCUCCCUUUGCCACAUUAUAACUAGUAGAGGAUCCUCAUCGACCAUGGCCACAGCUGCCUCGAAUCCCUACAGCAUUCUCAGUUCCAGCUCCCUUGUCCAUGCGGACUCUGCGGGCAUGCAGCAGGGAAGUCCUUUCCGCAAUCCUCAGAAACUUCUCCAAAGUGACUACUUGCAGGGAGUUCCCAGCAAUGGGCAUCCCCUCGGGCAUCACUGGGUGACCAGUCUGAGCGACGGGGGCCCGUGGUCCUCUACACUGGCCACCAGCCCCCUGGACCAGCCGGACGUGAAGCCGGGACGCGAAGAUCUGCAACUGGGAGCAAUCAUCCAUCACCGCUCGCCACAUGUAGCCCACCACUCGCCCCAUACUAACCAUCCGAAUGCCUGGGGAGCGAGUCCAGCUCCAAACUCGUCCAUCACGUCUAGCGGUCAACCCCUCAACGUGUACUCGCAGCCAGGAUUCACGGUGAGCGGUAUGCUGGAGCACGGGGGACUCACUCCACCACCAGCUGCUGCCUCCACACAGAGCCUGCAUCCAGUGCUCCGGGAGCCUCCAGACCAUGGUGAGCUGGGCUCGCACCACUGCCAAGACCACUCGGAUGAGGAGACUCCAACCUCUGAUGAGUUGGAACAGUUCGCCAAACAAUUCAAACAAAGAAGAAUCAAGUUGGGUUUCACGCAAGCCGACGUGGGGCUGGCACUGGGCACACUGUAUGGCAACGUGUUCUCGCAGACCACCAUCUGCAGGUUCGAGGCCUUGCAACUGAGCUUCAAGAAUAUGUGCAAGCUGAAACCCCUGCUCAAUAAGUGGCUGGAGGAGGCCGAUUCAUCCACGGGAAGCCCUACCAGUAUUGACAAGAUCGCCGCUCAGGGCCGCAAGCGCAAGAAGCGAACCUCCAUCGAGGUGAGUGUCAAGGGCGUACUGGAAACGCAUUUCCUCAAGUGUCCCAAGCCUGCAGCGCAGGAGAUCUCCUCGCUGGCAGACAGCCUCCAGUUGGAGAAAGAAGUGGUGCGUGUCUGGUUCUGUAAUAGAAGACAAAAAGAAAAAAGAAUGACUCCGCCUGGGGAUCAGCAGCCACACGAGGUUUAUUCGCACACGGUGAAAACAGAUGCGUCCUGCCACGAUCUCUGACUGGAGGAAGCCAGAAGGUGGUCCGCAGCACUGGGAGCAGUGCGGAUAUCGUUCUCACUCCCUUCCUUCCUUUCAUCACUACAGUCUUUAUUAUUGCUAUCUCUCUAGCUUGCUAGCUCUUUCUUUCUUUCCUCCACAGAGGUUUCUAACUUAUGUUAAGAAAGGAAACACACACACACACACACACACACACACACACACACACACGCACACACGCACGCAUUCAGGAUUCUCAACUCUGAAACACAAUUGUAUUAAGCAGUCCAAGUGGGGACCUCAUAGUCCCCGCUGCCAGGGCAAUUUUUCUCCAACCUUUUCUGCUGAUCAAUACAUAUUGUUUACUCUGAGUAGGAUUUGUUUGGUUGCUCCUCGCUAAAAAAGGGCAAGGAGCUGGGUAACAGGGGUGGGGGCGGGAGAGGGUGGGAAGACAGAUGUGUGCCUAUGAAUAACCUUUCAGCGCCUUGGUUAUAGCAGCUGUAUUUCAGGUGAAAUCUGUUUUACAAUAGACUAGUUUUGCAUUUUUUAAAACUUCUAUAGCGUUUCUAAAUGUCUGCGGUGUUUUACUACAAGCUGUACACAAUAUUUGUGAGAUAAUUUGUAUCUAAUCGACCACUUCACGUUAUUAUUGCUAUUAUUAUUAUUUCUUCAUUCAGCUGAUGGGUUUUUAAUUGCUUAAAAAGGGAGGGGAGGUUGGAAGGAGGAAAGAGAAAAAUGCUCACCUCUUGCACUCCCACACUUUCGAAUCUGCAUGGAGAGAAGAUAUGGUGGAGAAAGUUGAUGUUUCUAUUUUUUUCCCCGGGGACUGAGUGCCUAUGUGGGCAGAACAAGCAAACUGAAUGGGUUUGCAAAGAAGCCUAAAGUAAGAGAGGCUAUUUCGCUGCUUUUUGCCUCCUGUUUUGUGCAACUGUGGAGUCUCUGAAGGCUUCUACAACAUAAAUCCUGGUGCCCCAGAAGGAUUCAGCAGUGGUGCGCAAAGAAUGGUGUUUGAGGAACCAGAAGGAUUCUGAAUUCACCCAGGUCAUAAAUGUCUGUGCCUGAAGUUUCCCACAGGCUGCCAGUAUAGUCAGGUUGACAACCUGCGCUACCCACUUACACUCUCCUAAAUGAAAGACUUUGCCUUCACAAAUGGUGGCUUUCACCUGAGACCGGGACCCAAAGACGCUGGCAACAGAUUGGGCCAGCGCCUCCCAGUUCGCGACUCGCUUUUAGGGUGAGAAACACUCUCAGUAGGGUGGUGAGGGGGUGGGCUAACAGGCACCCUUUGCAUAGUGCGGAGCAACAAUAAAAUGAUUAGCGAAAGCCACGGAAAUUCUGGUCCAGCCGUGUACCACCUCCUCCCUCUUGUAUAUACCAAGGUCUGAGUGAGCUCUUGGGGAGCCCAUCUCAGCUUCUUUGACAAGCACAGCUGGUGGAAGCCCAUGGCGAAGAAGAUUGUGCGAGCUAGGGAACGCCUGGGCGGCUGAGUUUAUGCUUUUUUUUCCUAAAAAAAAUCAAAAAUAUGUGUGUAUGUAUUUCUGUGCGUGUGUGCGUGCGCGUGCA